AUGACUUUCAUGACGAAUGCUGCAAAAAGCGUAAUACUUGCGCUUAUCGCCACUCCACUUCAAUCUACUGCAUUCCAUCCUCUUUAUCAACGACAUACCUGGUCCUUGUCCAGAGUGAAAACAUUUCCGGAUGGGGAUGAUAAUGGAGAAAUGUUCAAUGAUUUUGAGGAUAUAUUUAUUGGUGAACAGCAAGACGACUCUCUCUUGCCUUCAGAGACUAAAAGUCUACAAACGAGGCUGGACAUAUUGGUCAACCAGGAACACGAAGAUGAAGUGAGAAUAGCCGGUAACUGGAAGAACGGUCGUUGGAGCGUUCGCGGUUGUUCAUUAGACCCAGGCAAUGAGGACGAACGAAUCUUCGUAUCUAGUCUUUGCCCCAUUGACGAUGAUCCAAACACGGUCCUUGUUGGCCGAACAGAUGGUAGCAUUUGUUGGUUGAAGCUGGGGAACGAGUAUAUUGCCAGAUUUGUGACCAAAUUGUCAGCGAUAGAAGGGAAGAAUGAAACCAUUCGGGUUUCGGGACAGCUCAGACGUGAAGACACUCAAAACGAAAUCUCCUCCGACUCAUCACAAGCAUCAAAUCAAUUUGAAGUUGUUGGCCAAGUAAUGGCACAUGGUGGAGGGAUCAGCCAAAUGCUCAUUCAGGACGAACUUCUUUUGUGUGCGACAUACUCCGGUACACUUGAGUAUUGGAUCCUCUCUGGAGAUGAACCAAUGUCACAGGAAUCAAAGAUUCUUUGUCAGGCACCAUCAUCUGUUGUUUCCAUCUGUGUACAAGCUGUAAAUGGGAAAAGGGUGCUUGUUUGCACAUGCGAAGACGGGGAUGUUCUAACUUGGGACAUUGAAGCUCAAUUUGCACCACUACAAUCUCGCAAGCUGUCCGCUGUGGUUACACCUGGGGACACCAUCCUUUCCUUUUACUCUGAUGAGACCUACAGCUAUUUUGGAACGAGUCAAGGGCGUCUUCUGGUAUACAAUACAAGAGAUAUUUUGGCAAGCACCUUUGACAUCAAUGCCAUAAAACGGUUUUCACCCUUCUCCGGUGGCUCUGCAGGAGUCUCAGCAAUUGUUUCAUCUCAACAGAGCGGCUUUGCAUCUGAAUCACAAGCAUCAAUGACCUUGGUUCUAGGCAGUACGAACGGGAAAAUAAAACAAUAUGCGAUGAUGCCCCAGAAGAUUGGACUGGAGCAUUGGCCCAGACUGGAGAGCCAGUCGAUUCCAGGAAAGUGUCACCUCUUCGAAUCCCCCAGCGAAGAGCGUGUCCGAGCUCUUAGAUUCAUUCCCGGUGCUAUUCUGGCGGCCUCGAGUAAUCAGUUGACGCUGUGGGAUCCAGAGAAUGGUAAAGCACUGUUUGAGAUGCUGGGUUUGGACUUCGAAUCUACAGAAGCCAGCCUUGUAUUAUUGGACUCGAACUCGGUCUUGAUCACAAAUGGCAUGAAGCACUUGGUAUGCCUGCACGACUUUUCUGAACAGGAGCUUGAUUUGGACGAAAAUUUCGAAGUAAUCUAG